CAGAUUUGUCUCUUGGGCUACGUCAUCAUCAAGUCCAAAAACAUGUAUACCAUGUGACCUUGUGUUAUGAUUCAUAAACCCCUUCAUUUUUCUCUCACAUUUCGAUGUAUGUACCCCUUUGCCGGUCCAAUAGCAUGUCAAUCCUUUUUCUUAACCCGCCCUCCGUUAUGCGUGUCACAAAAUUAUUUGUUUAAAAAAGUUGUACUUAGAACAUUGAGACAUUUCAUUACCAGAUUGCUUAAAGGUCUUUAGAACCUUCAGCCACAUAUGAUGAAAUUCUACACACACAAAAAGAAGGGGGGCCAAUUCAUUCCAUGAAAGAAUAGAAUUUUUGACUUCUAGAAAGACACUUAAGUCACAAGUGGUAGAAUUUGGAAAAUGGGACACAAUUUUUCUUGUAGAAAAUGGCAUUGACUUAGUCUUUUGCACCCUAUUAUACAUAUAGCCAUAAAUCUUGUUUGUUGAACUCCAAACAAAUUAGAUUGCAAUUUGCUAUUCUAAUCCAAAUUUUAAACCAUUCUUGAGUUCAAACUAGAGCCAUGAAACAAGAUCAUCUUCACACUAUAAAGCCUUUUCUUGAAACAAAAAAUGUUAACAAUCAAAACAACAAAUUAUCAACAACACUUCAACCAUGCAAUGAACAAAGACAUAAAGAGAGUGAUGAUAUAGAGUUUCAAACUUGUGAAGAUUUCACAAAUGACUAUUUUCCUUGUUCUCCACCUUUAUGGAGGACUCAAAGGGAAUUAAGGGAUACCAAAAAUCAAGAAUCUACUCCAUGCUAUGACUAUUUUGGUCGUCCUUUUCCUGGAUCAAGAUUACAGGUGAUCAAGAGUGGUAGAAGGCACCUCAUGGAGAUGAUUCAAGACUUGCCAGAGUCAUCUUUUGAACUGUCAUUGAAAGAUAUUGUUGAUGAUCAAGAAAGCAUAAAAGAGUGCCAACAGGCUACAACAGUAGAAGGGAAAAAUAAAAAGGCUAGAAUGCCACAACAGCGAACUUUGAAGAGGAGUCAAAUAUCAAGAAGUGAAAGCAUGGAUAGUGGAGUUUUCUUACUGAAAAUGUUCCUCCCUGCUUCUUUAGGUAGCAAGAAGAAACUAAAGACAAGAAACUGCUCAAAAGUUUCAUCGAAAUCAUCGGUUGAUGAGUCAGAGAAAUCUGUGAAUAAGGACUGGUGGAAGAUUAUGUAUGUUGUUAUAAAAGAGAAUAAGUAUAGCAGGAGCAUCAAGAAAAGCAUGAGUGCCAAUAGUAGCAGCAAAAGCAGGCUGGUUGAAAGCAACUUCACAGAGAGGAAACAAAGAGGAUGCUUCUUUUAGUUUAGUAGAAGAAAAAAGAACAAAUAGAAGAAUCCAAUACAUAGCCACCAGAAUUUAGAAAAAUAUGUGAGGUUUCUACAUGUAAUAAUCCUGAAGUUCUAUAAUUGUCACUGCGGUCUUGUAAAUUAUUUACAAUCAAGAUAUGGUAAUGUCUACAGGGAAAAAAGUUAACAGCACUUGCAAUAGUGUUUCAUCAACAAAUUGAUUA